UUUCGCUGUACUGCUGCAAAAAUUUUCGCUGCCACCGACGUACUGAAAAAGUAAACAAAUUUUUUAACAAAGGCAAAUAAUAAGCAAAUUGAGUACAAUAAAUUGCAAUGUCCGUGGCAGAGUCCAAUUUAACAGAGCAGCUAGACAAUGAGGAGGUACGUGAAAUACUCAAGAACACCACAGACCUCCGGCAAUAUUCACGUCAAAUUGAGAAGGAAUUCAAGGAUGUGGAGAACAAAUCCAUUGAGGAUUAUAUUGCAGAAUCUCAAAAUAUAGCUAGUCUACAUAACCAGAUCGGCGAAUGCGAUGAUGUUUUGGAGCGCAUGGAAACAAUGUUAAUGAAUUUUCAGAGUGUACUUAGUAAUAUAAGUAGCGAAAUUACGCAGCUGCAAAAGAAGUCGGUUGCCAUGUCAGUGCAGCUCACCAAUCGACAGUCGGUAAAAGCGCAGCUUUCUCAGUUCAUUGAAGACAUGGCGGUGUCGGAGGAGAUGAUUGCGAUUAUUAUGGAAACACCAGUGACGGAAAAAGAAUUUGCUACGCAGUUGAAUGUUUUGAAUCACAAACUUUCGCUGGUAAAAGAGCUAAGUUUCAAAGACUCGAAAGCGACGGGUGAUAUGAAUGAAGUGCUGCAUAAAUUGCGCCUGAAGGCUAUGUCGAAGAUCAGGAUAUAUUUGCUUGAACAAAUCUACAAAUUUCGCAAACCCAUGACAAAUUAUCAAAUACCGCAAAAUGCGAUGUUAAAACAUAAAUUCUUCUUUGAAUUCAUUUUGUCCAAUGAGCGGCAAGUCGCACAAGAGAUUUGCAGUGAAUAUAUCGACACAAUGAGUAAAAUCUAUUAUAGCUACUUCAAGAGUUACUCCUCACGUUUGACGAGUUUAAAAUUCGAGGAGUCUUGCACAAAAGAUGAUCUAAUGGGAAUAGAGGAUAAUCUUUCGAAAGGAUUAUUCGCUAAGACCACAAGUUUGAAGCACAAAAGCACAAUUUUUACAAUUGGCAAACGCGGCGAGAUACUUAAUCAGCAACUAGAAGCGCCUAUAAUUGUACCGCAUGCCCAGUUGAAAAAUAGGUACACUUUUGAGGCUUUGUUCCGGUCAGAGCAGUACGCACUCGUGGACAACGCCUGCCGCGAAUAUUUAUUUGUAACUGAAUUUUUUAUGGUGCGUAGCAUACAAGCACAAGAUCUUUUCAAUCAGAUUAUGGGCAAGACACUAACGCUAAUGAUUAAAAACUUGGAAACUAGUAUUCAGGACUGCUACGACACUAUUGCGAUGUUCCUUUGCAUUCAAUUAAUUUUUCGCUACCAACUAAUGUGUCACAAACGCUGCGUACCUGCGUUGGAUAAAUAUUGGGACUCGCUACAGGCUACCAUCUGGCCGCGUUUUGAUCAUGUAUUCCGUUUAAACAUACAAAGUAUACGCGAUUGUGAUCCCACAAAGUUCAACAAGGAAAUGGGGCCGCACUAUAUUACCCGCCGUUAUGCCGAAUUUUCCGCUGCCAUUGUAGGUAUCUCGGAACAUUUCCCGAAUGAACUUGUUAGUCGCUUACUGCUCGAAUUGCAAAACGAAGUGGAAUGUUUCAUUUUACGCAUGGCAGCUAUUUUCCCAACACGUAAAGAACAAUUGAUCUACCUUAUAAACAAUUACGAUUUGGUUCUGGGUGUGUUGAUGGAACAUACUCGCGACAACUCCAAAGAAGCGGAAUCGUUCCGCGAGCAACUCAAUGCACGCAGCGCCGAAUAUGUUGAAGAAAUAUUAGCGCCACACUUCGGCGGCAUCAUACAAUUUGUAAAGGAAUUCGAACACUUUUUCGAAAAGGAGGAAAUGGAUGAGUUGCGAAAACAAGAGCGGCGUAGCCUUGCUCUAGUCGCUAGUUUUUCGACAAAUUGGAAAAAGUCCCUAGAAGAGUUGAAUCGCGAAGUACUGCUCUCUUUUCCCUCCCUACUUACCGGCUCUCAAUUGCUGCAACUUGCACUGGCUAGUCUAGUGCAAUACUACCAUCGUUUUCAUAAGUUAUUAACGCCCAAUGCGCGUGCGCAGCUAACAAACAUACAUGUCGUAAUGGUGGAAAUCAAGAAAUAUAAAAGUAAUUAUUAAUUUAUUCAACGCACACUAAUACACAGGUAGUCAGUUAGUGAAAUUAAUUUAAAUAAAACAUUCCAAUAGUAAAUUA